AUGACAAAUGCAAUCAAUAAACUUGACUUUCUAAAGAACGACUCUUUGCAGGUAAUUGAAAAUUAUUGUAUAAUAAUUUUAUUUCUCUUUCCAUAUGGUAUUUUUGUAAGUCUCUUACUCAGAAAGCAUGAGUACUUUAGAGUGUCAUCUGAUCAGAUAGAUGUGAUUAGAGAGGGUCUGGACCUACCCUUCCCCGGGAUCUGCCACCUAGAGACCUCCUGAAAAGACUAACCCCGAUAAUGAUAUAUUUCCGAAGACUGAAUCCUUGGCUAUUUUUGCGGUUCCUUUACUUAGGAAGCUGUUAAGGUUUUCGACGAUAAUAUGAAAGAAUACGCCAAUCGUACAUUAGUUGGCGUUAGAAGUCUGAAUAAAACAGUGGAACAAAAGAUGGAGGAAGUGCUGACGGCUACUAUCUUUUUCGAGGAAUUUGCAUUAAGAUUUGGUCAGUAUCACCUCGUCAACAAUACAGCACAUUUCUCAGUGAACAACCAAAAUAUAGGUAAGUAUUUAGUAUCGAUAAUUUCCCCCUGACAUUACGGAGAACAUCACGUUGGUGUACAAAACAAUGAAAUAGCGACCAUGUUGGUGUAACAAGAUAAUCCUUUGGGGACUAAAGUCUCUUCUCAAGUAGAAACUUUUAAUUUCUUUGUUCCAAGAUAUUUGCAUAGCUACUGACUACCUGAGUGAAAAAGGUCAAUAUUUUAAAUGUUCUGUGACUUCUAAAAACUUACAUUUCGUUGUCUUGCCAUUUACAAGUUACACUCCAAAAGCAUGUACAUGUAUAGUGAAGAAGAUUGAUUAAUGGUUUCGACUAGGUCAUCACAGUAAGGGAAAAUAGAAUAUGAAACCAUCGGUAAUAUUGUGAUAAAAACAUUCAUGAAAAAUUCUCAUUGACAAAGAAGAAAUGCAAUCUUUAGGAAACAAGACACUCUAAAAAAUCGUUAACUCGAGCUUGCUUGGAGAUUAGAUAAGAAAUAGGGGGCGAUUGGUUUUUAAGGAGUCUGUGUGCGAGCGUGGAACCUUGUUGGGAAGGGGAAAAAACUCAGUGCUACCUAGCCAGGUUACAUAGUAACCAUUGAUUGCCUUUGUAGAGAUGUAAGAAAUACCUCAUCAUGUAAACUUCAUAAGGUGUCUAAGGGCUUUUAGACCAAUGGAUCUGGUAUAAACUCACUAUCCAGGGGUAGAGGAAAUGCGUGACGACACAAGGAACGGUCGCAAUCGACGGAGAAUGGGCUCAGGCUCACUUGUGGGAGUUCUGGGAAAAUUUUGGCUAUUGAACCGCCAGCGUGAGCCAGCGAAAAAAGCUAGCUGUACUAUAUACUGUCUAAAGAAUUUCGGGGCAAGAAAAAAAAGGGGCCCUUUACCGUCUUAAUUCACUGGAGGACUUCCAUAUGAAAAGUGAAGGGGCUUAAGCGUUCGUCUGAUUUACGUCAUAAAUUAAAGAUUCUGGUGCUCCUUAUGGUGUUUAUGAAUAAACUCUUAACUUUUGCACCCGAAUCGCUUUUACUCCCCUGGGGUGGUCAUGAGUGAAAAGAGCAAAUUAUGUAGUUGUAAUUGCAGGGUUAAAACUACGGUGAAGGUUUCGAAAAAGGAGUUUAACAGUAAGAAUAAUUUCAAAUGCAUAAAUUCUCUGCUAUUUACUAAAGUUAUUGUAUAAUAGCUUUACAGGUCAGAAAAGGAGUCUACGACAACGGUAGCCAAUUUGAUCUCUUUGAACCAGAAGGACAAAACUACAUCAAAAUUCCUUCAGAAGAUUUCAGUCGUAACGGUAUGCAAGCAAAUUCGUUAUCCCAGUACUAACUAAAACAGCCGCCGUCCAUGUGGGAGAAAACGCUUCACAGCCGAUUUCUACUAUAACAGCGUCUGUUUUCGUCCCGGUGGAGAUAUUUACUCUUGUGCUACCCGCCAUGUUGAUAUACAAAUCCCUUAAACUGAUCUUCAUACAUUUCCUUACAGAAUCAGUUCAGUUUUUACUUAACCUUUUUUUAUGAUUUUGCCCAGAUAACUUAAGGAGAAAAUUGAGAAAACAGUUUCAACAUGUUUAAAGCCGUGCUUUUGCCGUUAUCACGUAAGUAUGGAUCUUUUUUUUUUCAGGUUCAAUUUUUCUAGGUGUCAUCUAUAAAAGACUCCAAAAACUGUUUCUCGUAAACCAAACGAAUACAAUGGUUGACAAAACAAGGUAAGUACUAGCUAGUCUAACUAGGUUUCGGAACACUUUAGCUAGCUGCAAAAUGUUUAAUGUCGGGGUCCACUGUCGUACGUUCUUCUUGUUCGAAGAGUUUUAACUGUAGGUUUUUUGAAGUCUUUAAAGAAUUGACAUGUUUGUGCACAUUUUCUGUCCAAACUCUGUUGCAAAGUGAGGUUUUCGUUACGAAAGGACACUAUUCUCUACCCUAAUCUACAUACAAACCAGCAUUAAAAUGGAAUCCGUGUUACAGAAUGUUUUUUUAGUCCGCAUAUUCUCAACCAUCAACUUUCAGUGCUACAUCAUGGCCUAGGGAGAGAUACCAGGUCUUAACGUUUUUCGCCUAUGGACCUAUAAUAAUCUCUCUUUAUGCUAUUUAGAAAAAGUGGAUUUCUGCAGUGACUUUAAUUUUAAGUGUUCUUAUUUCCUCUGCUUUUCAGCAAGAGUCUCAACACCAUGAUCAUGUCAGCAACAAUUGAUCCUCAUCCUUCAACGUUGCAGCGAAACGUCACACUUGUGUUCUCGAACGUAAUGGUAAGCUUUUCCUAAACUAGAAACUUCCUAGGUUAUCUAAUUAUUCGGAUACCUGGAUAACUACAGGAUAGUUACUGACAAUACGUACUGACAGGGCCAUUAAUUAAAUAAAUCCUUAAGCCAAUACGUAUUUUUGCUCUGGACUUACCCUAACAAAUUCUCAGACUCGUAUAACUCAACAAAACCCCUCUUGUUGGUACUUCAUCACAUUAACUUCUUCAGUCUUAGAGGAAUAUCCAGUAUUUUAAAACCUGAUGCCACUUUUUGACGAGCUAAACUGAGAUGUACUGAAAAUCAUAACAAGGUUCGUUUCAUUUUCGAUUUUAGAAGGCAACAAGGAAAAGAGAGUGUGUAUUUUGGAACUUUUUGGAAGACAGGUAAAUUGAACAGCAGGUGUCGACGGCACAAUUGUAUAAAAGAAAAUUUGCCACUUUAGAAAGAGAAAGAAACUGGGACGAGCUAACUUUUAGCAAAGACUUCUGGGACUGUUCUUCAAACAGGGGAAAAAAAUUGGCCAAUAGCUGACUUGUGCGUCUCCAACAACAAUCCCAGAAACAAUUGCGGGAUACAUUUCCGCUCCAGUUUUCUUCUCGUUUCUAAAGUGGCGCAUGCCUAUUCGUAUCAAACUUUGGAUUGGGUUAACAAUGACAGGGGUUUUUGGUCCUUUUAAGGUCUUUUUUAUUGUUUAAAGAAAAGUGCCUCUAUUAUUCGGGAAACAAAGGUUGCGAUUACCGAUGUGUAGCCAGAUCAUCGACCGCGAAAUUCAAAUCUUCGUAAGCCACUGUAGCGUAACAAGUGCCGACUUAGCGGUGAAGUUCACCGAAUCUUAUAGAUCUGGCAUAUGGCUUAAACAUAUACUUUGGAGAAGAAGUAGAUGGGAAGUCUUAAAUGGUUUGAUUACUGUGCAAAGGCACCUCAUCUAUUUUAAAGACGGUAUACCCAAAUACGAAGAAACGGCAAACAAUUCAAGUUAAAUAGCCUGAGAAAACAGCCUACAUUUGGCGACGCUACCACUGGUUUACCCGCCAAAUGACGUCUGAGAAACAAGCGCAGAAAUUCCAUACUGAUGACGCGUCACUACCCAGAACUGGGUAGUGCUUCUGAUUGGUCGUGCCGCGUGGGAAAUUUGAUUCAACCAAUCAGAAGCGCUACCCAGAUCUGGGCAGUGACGCGCGUCAUCAGUAUGGAAUUUCUGCGCUCGUUUCUCAGAUGUCAUUUUGCGGGGAAACCAGGAAGCGUCGCCAAAUAUGGGCUGUUUUCUCAGGCCACAAGUUAAAUAGAACUAAAAGGAUUAAAGGCCCUAGCUGCUAGGUCUGUCGAGAAGCAACCAGUGUGCUGUAUACAAGCACGGCCGAGGAAUUGAACGCGGGGUGGCCGAGAAACAAAUCCAGCUUUUGCUCGGAGGGGAUUUAUUUCCGAGUUCUUCUGAAAGCUUGCCAACAAUUGUCCACGCCACCUGCAAAGUUAUCUAUCCCGCAAAUUUUGUCACAGCUUUAGUUACAGCCGUAAUUUGAUAACGUAGAGCUAGGUAGGACAGGAUAAGAUGAUAUGACAUGACAUGGGAUUGUUGUGUUCCACCCUUUAGUUAGCUAGUGAACUGUCUCAGUUAGGAACUAGAAACACGUAUAUCGCAUAACCCUUUGAAGCUCGAGGAAGGGUGGAAGAGUAAUUGAAUAAAUGGUGUAACUGGGGAGGGCGAAUUUUAACAGCGGAUCCAAUAUUGGAAGUUGGAAUAUCAAAGUACUCCGUCUCCUUUUGGUUGGAGCAUUUUCAAACCCAGUCCCGGGCUUUGAAAAUGAACCACAAGGUUGAAAGCUGCUUAUCAGCUGGAAUACAGUUUUUACUCUUAGAAAUAAAAACGUUGCCUGCUUGUGCUGAUGACUUAUUUUAUUCUUCGUGAAGCCCUGUAGGUUGGUCAGGGCAAGGAUGUCAUGUCAAAUGGUUGAAUGACUCCAGGACAGAAUGCAGCUGCAAUCACUUAACUCACUUUGCAGUUCUAAUGCAGUUUGACACAGAUUCUGAACUGAAAACUGGCCAGAGCAGUAGACUGCAAAAGGUAGGGCACAGGACAGAAAGAACAAAAGUAAGUUUGUAGGGUCUGGAAAGGAGGGUCCUGAACGUGCAUCCCAAACUUUUUUCAUCGCUAUUUCGAAUAUCAUUUUUUUUUUUUCAAACUCGCAUCCGUCUUUCUUCUCGAGUGGCAGUUACAUUCCGUGUCCCGUCAACGUAUUCCCGAAUUCCGCGCUGUAUUUUGCUCACAACGGAUCCUAUUUCCCGGGAAUACCCUUCCAGACACUGAGGAAGGCCUGGCCACUCCAUCAGGGUUUACAUCCACUACUUUCUAACUACCCGAUUCCCGUCAAAUACCGAAUCCUAUCAACGUUUUCCCAAAUCCCGCACUGUAUUUUGUUAAGAUCCCGGAUCCCGGCAGUAUCCUUCCAGACCCUGCGUUUAGGUUGUCUAGUCGAUUAAUCAUGUUGUUAUACAACAUGAGUUAUUGGGGUCACUCAGGCAGGUUUCGGGGAGCAAACCUGAGUUCAAGACAAGAGAGAGGGAGGAAAAGAGAAAAAUAACGCCUGUAGACAGGUUAUUGUUCUCUCUCUUCCAAACGUUCAUCUGGCAACCGUUGGUUUCUAUUGGCUCCUCCUCUCUCAUGUCUAACGCCUCGUACUGGUGCCUUAAAACCCACCUGAGCACCUCCAAUAAAGCCUGUUGAGCAGCCUAAGAAUAAAUAGUUGUGCCUAGGAAAUUAUCGUUUUAUCGUGUAACAGUGGUGUUUUUUUAGCGUGUUUUUGAGGACACUGCAUUUGUGAGGUCUAAUCUCGUAAGCGUAGGGACGGAGAAUAUCACUUAUGUUUGUCCUGCAAAUGUCUAAGUAAAAGGUGAACAGCUCUUAUAAAAAAAGGAGGUUAUAGCUAGUGCUCAAAAUGUUUUUGAGAAGAAAUUUUGAGAAAAACUAGCCUGGGUGCCAGCUGCUCGAAAGCAAGUCGGGCUCUUGAGAACAAAAUUAGUUUGCAUGCAUGUAAGGCCGGCAUCCAUUCAUGCAGCUGUCUGGUAUGGUUGAGAUUAAAUGGUUUUCCGGUUGUUUUGUAUGUAGAAAGAUGAAAAGGUGCUGAAUAUUCUGACCUACUUGGGUCUUACCCUUUCCUUAGUCGGAAUCAUAGCGACAAUAAUCUGCUACGCAUUUCUGACGUAAGUACAUCUAACAUCCUUUAAAAGCAUAAUCAAAUGUUUCAUCACGACUCCUUAAGCCCAAAUUUUGAACGUUAUCCCUUCUAAGUCUUUAAUUUUUUCUUAUCUUAUCUUUUCUUACCUCAUUAUAUCUUAUCUUAGGUUGUCUUGUCUUGUACUUUAUUCUAAUGCUUUGUAUUGUAUUGUAUGACAUUGCAUUGUAGGGUAGUGUAUUGUAUUGCAUUGUAUUUUACUUUCUCAAACUCAUUAAUAAUUCAUUAAGAAAAUACAAAGGAAAUUAAUGUUUAAUGAGUGUUUGGAAAUCGGAUGAAACACUGCUUAGUAUUUGCAUCCUUAAUUUCUCCUUCAAAAAUGAUUUUGUUUGAGAAGAAAUAUCAAACAUUCGACACAGUGUUUCAUCACCAGAUGAAACACCUCGAAGUUCGUCAAAAAUACUCCGCUGCGCGUCGUAUUUUCAACUCUCUUCUCGGUGUUUCAUCUGGUGAUGAAACACUGCAUCUCAUGUUUGAUAUAUUAGGUAUUGAAUUGAAUUGUAUUGUAUUGUAUGAUAAUUUGUUUUGUAUAGAGCGUUUUCAUAUGUUGUUGAUAUGACGUAACAGAGACCUUAAAAAAGAAAACAACAAAAACUAUUAAAAGGCGGCCAUGAUGCUGUUCCAAACCAGUCUUGUGGGAGUUGAAGUCUUUUCUUAUGUUAACACUUUCUUUUGUUCCAAUAAAUUUGCAUAGAUGCUGGUCACGUCAAUGACAGACGUUCUAUUGCGUUGCAUUGUUAUAAUACACAUUUAGAGAUAUUCCUUUGUUAGACCCACCUAGAGUGGUUUUGUUGUAGACAAUGUAGUUGUUUAUCUUUACACAGCGAUAUUAAAGCACCACUGUCACAAAUCCGGAUAAGUCUUGUCGCUUCCCUUGGAGUGGGCCAAAUAAUCUUCCUCGCAGGCAUUGGAGCAACUGAAAACAAGGUGAGAACUCGUUUAGGCGCUGGUCAUAAAUUGACCACUACAGAAGAGACCAUAAUGUACCAUAAUACUCUUCGUUAGUCACUCUAAAAGUUGGAUAAGCAUUGUUUUCAGUUUCCGUCGUGGGGCCAUUUUAACUCCCAAGGAAAACUGAAGACAAUGCUUAUGCAAAAUUUUGGAGUGGCCAACAAGAAGUAUUAUGGUAUGUUAUGGCAUUUUCUGUAGUGGUCAAUUCGUCACUUAAGCAACGAGAAGUGAAUUAGGCCGAGUUAACUUUCGCAAAGACUGUUACUAGUAACAGGAAAGAAAACGCCAAUAUCUGACCAGCGCGUUCCCAGUAGUUAUAAGGGACUUAAAGAUCAAACAACGCGACCGCAACGAGUGCGUCAUAGAAAACAAUAGGUUUAAAAAGCAAAACAACAAUUUUGCACGUGCAUCACUCUUUUUUUACAUUUCUCUUGCCGUUUUUGCACGACUACGACGUGAAAAUGCGUAAUUUCGUGUUUUAUCGUAGGACAUAAACAAGCAACGGCGACAUUUUAUUUCUCUUUCUGAACUUGGAUAUGGUCCCUUGGAAUUCACCUUCAUCCAGGACGGUUCGCCUACAUUUUACAAAGUAAGCAGGUAGGAAUAAUCGCGAUAAAGACUGAAAGAACGCAAAUUUACUUUUUAGGAGACGUUCUCGUUGCCGUGGGCGUCGUUGGAUUUUUAAGUCCCCAUUAAGGAUCCCAGAAAUAAUUCCAGGAAGCAUAUCUGCUCCACUUUCCCUCUCGUUUCUAAGGGCCUGUUUACAUGGAGGUGGGGGACCCCAGGUAGGUGAGGUAACCUGUUAUGGUGGGGUAACCCAACUGUCCAUAAAAUUUCUCAUAUGGUCAUCCCACCUAUCUUGUAAGAGUGAUCAAAUCAAUAUGAGAGAUUUUAUGUACAGGCGGGUUUCUCCAUCAAAGCGGGUUACCUCACCUAUUUGGGGUCCCCCACCUCCAUGUAAAAAGGCCCUAGAGUGGCAAAUUCAGUCCACAUACUGUACUUUAAAUGUCUGACGUUUUAAUUUUGUGGAUUCCGUCUACUAUUACUGAAAUGGAAACAUAGGGCACGAUGGGAUGUUAAAAAUUACCCGGGGUCAAUGUAAUAGAACUUUUACAAGUGUAUUUUACAAGUGUAGCUAUUGUUUUCAGACUCUAAAACAAUAAUGGCUACGCUUAUUAAUUACACUUGUAAAAGUUUUGUUACAUUGAACCCUGGUCAAUCUAAGUAUUGAAGCUUUCCGGAGUGUUUUCCUAGAAUUUUUCGUCCUGGAAGCUAAAGGUACAAGGUGAUAACAUUGUCCUUCCAGUAUGCGAGUUUUGACUAUAUGUUGUACUUUUCAGGGCGUCUGUGUAACAGCAGCAGCCCUGAUUCAAUAUUUCCUUAUGGCGGCUUUCUGUUGGAUGUUAAUGGAGGGAAUUUAUCUUUACUUGUUUGUUGUCAAAGUUUACAACGUUAGCAGCAAGAUGAAAAUUUGUCACGGAAUUUCAUGGGGUAAGUGUAAAGGGAUAAAUUUGCAUUUUAAUUUCUCAAAUUUUGGGCAAAGACGAGGAUGAAACUAGUGUAGGACGAAAGGCUGAAUGUAACGGCGAAAAAAAGGAACACAAUAGCGUCAACGUUUCAAUUAAAUUUUAUCGAAGAAGCCAAAUUGACAGACCCAAAAUUUCAAAUUUUGUUCCUGAUAAAUCCCUGAAACUCAUUUUCUGACGACCUUUGCAUAAAUGACGUUCUAAUGUUAUGGAUGUUUCACCUUAUAGUUGGCGACAAUUAUCCUCGCGAAUACUUCAGCGUGUGUUUGAAGUUUCAUGCUUGUUAUUCAGUGUAUGUAGAGUGUUGUUCGCACUUUUGAGUUUAUGCGUUAAACCCGAAUUAAUAAUUUGAAUGUUCAUGUAAAUUUUAUAAUUGCACUCCUCCCGCCACACCUUUUAUUUCAGGCUUUCCUGCGGCAAUGGUCACUUUAUCGCUCAGUGUUGCUGCCGGAAUGGACGGAAUCACAAGUUUUGUUAGCGAUGAAUUGUAAGAACUGAAGUGCUGAAAAGUAGAAUACGUAAAGAUACAUCGUUUUCGUUUACCUAUAAGAGUGAACUACCAAUACCCUUUCUCGCGUAUACACCAUUUGCCCUUCGUUACGGGGAAAUAAAUUUUUAUUUGUAUAGGUAAUGGCAUGAUUUGUUGUGAUAUUUGGCAUAAAUACCACGAGUGAUAUUUGGAAAUUGUUGUACGUUAUUUCACGAGCCGUUAGGAGAGUGAAAUUUGAGACCUCUUUGAAAUAUCACGAGUGGUAUUUUUGCCAAAUAUUACAUACAAAUCAUGCUAUUAUUUGUUUAUAGUACUACCCCCAAAAGGUUUGUAAUUUUCACAUGUAGGUAUUUCAAGUUAAGCUGAAAUACCACUGCUCUAAUAUAAGCCAAUCAAAUUGCAGAAACUUCUCAUGUAGUAGUAUAAACGUGUAAAUAUUAUUGAUUUUAAUAAAUUUAUAUCAAUAGUUUCGCCAAGAGAGCAAACAUUUAAUUUUGUAGCAUAGUCAUUAAGGAUUUUUUCAUAAAUAAGGCCAAUUUCUAUGGCAGUUUAUCGAAAACAAUAUUCUUUAGUGCGAAUGAAGUUUCAUUUUCCUUGAGUGAAUGUUCGUAUAUGAGAAUAGAUAUAUCAGUUAACGUUUGUCCUUUUCAUUUCCAACACGCACACACACUGGAAGAUUUUAUAAUUUAUUUUGUUUUGCUUUAGCUGCUGGAUUUCUUCUUCUAACGGAUUGAUCUGGAUAUUCAUCUCGUUUGUUCUUGCAAUUGAGAUCGUAAGUUCAGUCAGUAAUUUUUUUUUUAAUCUGAUAAAAAAAAGGGACACAAAAACGCACUAAAAGAAAAACAAAGAAAAUGGUUUAAAGGAUUUGUUUUAACGACAAAGAUUACCUCAGUCACCAUCACGUGGGCAGUGUUGUGAUAUUCUAAUUUAAGUUUUAUAUUUUCUGAACUCUGUUAAUUUUUUCCAGAUAAACUUGUUGAUUCUGGUGAGAGUUAUAAGAGAAAUGACAAGAAUGGAACAAACAAAGGACAACCAAGGAGAACAGAUAAGGUCUCACUGAUUUUAUUGCUUGUUUUAACAGGCAUGUUUAAGUACAUGUAAUAUACUGUAUUUGUUACGCGCCCGGCUUGAAUUAAGCAAAGAUUCCUUUUGAGAACAAAACAUUGUUUGGUCAUUAAGUGGUCAUGUCAUUACAUUAUCACUACUGAAACUGCUCUAUUGUGUUCCCUUCGUUUUUAAUUGACAACACAAUGACUUAACUGCAACAACACCAUCGUCAUUCCACUGAUAACGGGCUAGGCUAAAAAAGUUGGGACGUUGGAAACAACAAUUCGUCUGUUUAUCUUCGACAUUUAUGUAUAUUUAAUUGAAUAUCUUAUUUAUUUUGCAGGCUUGGAAUCAGAGCGUGCGUGGUGCUAAUUCCCUUACUUGGAGUCACGUGGUUAUUCGGCGCAUUAUCGUCAACGCACAAAGCAUUCGCCUACAUUUUUGUUAUCUUCAAUUCCACUCAGGUGAGAUGCGCGCCCCCUCCUUUGCGGACCUAUUUUUUAGCUUAAAAAGUAAACACUUAAUCACAAAUCAAAGUCAAGAAAUUAAAAGAAGAUAUGGCAAAGCUCGAAGUUAUUUCACUGAAGAUGGCCAAGGAUUAUAUAAGUACAUUUUUUGGAAAACUUUGGUGACAGUCUUUCUUAUUUUCCUACCCGCAGGGAUUUUCCAUCUUUCUUCUUCACUGUGUGAGAAAUAGUGAGGUAAGGACAAAAUGUUAAAUGAUUGCAAAUUUUAUCAUCUCGUGUUGCCGAAUUAUAAGUUAAGCAAUGUUUUUAGUAACUCGAAUCCAAACACAGAACCAAAAUCACAAGGAAUUUACGAUCAAACCCCUCGAUUACGAACACCUGUUUAUUACGAAAGUUCUCAUGACCCAAAAACACCAAUAGCACUAGAGACAGUUGAUAGCGGAACCUCCACACGCGGGUGGCGGAGCCCCCAUUGCUAUAGAAAAUGGAAACCUAUCGAUCGAUGCGAGAAAAUUUGGUUAUGACGUCAGCGUACGUCCGUCCGUCCAAACUUCCUCACAGACUUGGCAGGGAACGAUCUUUUGAAUUAAUUCUCUUUGAUUAUCCUGCAGAUCAGAGAGAGGUUCAAAAGAAGAAUACGCGUGAUAUUUCCAGCUGCCAGCAAUGGAACUACAAGCGUUAAAAGACACUCUGACCUCAAUGGCAGCAGCAGCGGAAUCCUUUCCCUGCGAAAAAUUGAAGUUAUGCCCAUAAGUACCGAGAACCUAGUGAAAUCACUAUGA